AUGGCAUCAGACAGUGACGCUCUAACCAUCGAGCCAUCACGCUACUUCAACAGCACCGCGCCAGGUGCGUCCGCACGCACUUCGGGCACUUCACAAGUACCCGAGGCCGAAGUCCCGGUCCCACUGCGUACUUGGUCCUAUAACGACGACCAAGCCCUGGAGGGGCCAUGGAGACAAAAGACUGUCAUCUCCUUUGAUGGUGGAGGCAUCCGCGGGUACUCCAGUCUGCUGAUUCUCAGGGCGCUCAUGGUUGAGAUCAGGGCUGCCGAGAUACGGCUAUCCGACGGUCUGACAACGGCCAGCUCUGAUUACCCAUGGAUGUCGCCCAAGAGCCAGCAAAGAACAGCAGUGGAGGACCAAGGAGAUGUCAACGAGAAUCUCGAUGACUUCCUACCUUGCCACUACUUCGAUUACAUGGCGGGUACAUCAACAGGAGGACUCUCGGCCAUCAUGCUCGGAAGAAUGCGACUGUCAGUAGAUAAUGCUCUAAAGCAAUAUCUUGAGUUCGGCAACGAGGUCUUCGGAAAGCCUCGCCUGUGGCACGAAAGGUCCUGGGCGUGGUAUCCCCGGGCAAAGUACGCAACCCGAAGGGUGCGCGGUGCCUUCCAGCAGAUGAUCUAUCGGAACCUCCCGGGAGACCAUGAGCCGAUGACGGAGACACGGGCCAAGACGGAGCCGUUCAAGUACCGCGGGGACCGCACACGCACCCUGGUGUUCUCGUUCCGCUUCAACAGGAGCGGCGGCAUCGAUCACGCGUGCAUGUGGCGGACCUACGACAAGCCCCGUGCCGAUCAUACCCAGCAGCCGAACGACAGGCCUGACUUCAGCCCGCGUCCAACAGAGCGUGUCGACACGUUCGCGCCGGAGAGCUCGCCGACUAACAGCACCCCGAUCUGGCAGGUCGCGCGGGCGACAUCGGCGGCUCCGCGGUUCUUCGAAUGCAUCAAGAUGCCGGACGGGAACAAGCACGUCGACGGCGGGCUCGCGGUUAACAACCCUUCCGGGGCAACACUCCGGGAAGUCAUUCGACUGCACGGCUACCCCCCUAGCCUCUUCAUAAGCCUCGGCACGGGCAAGAAAGGCUCCUCUGAUAUCAAUGGCGGUUCGGUGCCGAGAGAGCCGGACUUUCGGCUACGGGAGAGAAAUAUCGACGACGUCCGGCGCAAGCAAGCGCUGAUGAAGUACCUCGAGCUGGGGAAGCACUGGAAGGACUACGCCGUUGAUACCGAGGGCCCCAACAACGACUGGCUCAUCGACACGAGAACCCAGAACGUCGACCGCUGCCGCUUCAACGUCGAGGGCGAGCUGUGGAAGGUCCCGCUGGACGACUGGCGGCCAAAAGUCUCGGGCCAUGUCACGCUGAAGAUGAUUCAAGCUGAAACCGACAAGUACUUGGCGAAGCGCUGGGUGCGGCAGAAUCUGGCCGACAUGGCGGGAAAGCUCGUCGAGAUCCGGCGGCGGCGGGCGCUGACGGAGCGCUGGGAGUACUUUGCCGUGGACACGGCCACGUAA